UUUUUGCUUUACCCGUUGGAUUGGUUGCAACCUUACAGACACCUGAGACGUGUACACCGUCGGAUAAAAUUGCGCAUCGUGUUUUCAUUGCUACCACACUUACUUCUUGGAGCCGUACGACAUGCACAAAGUCGGGUCGUUCGGGAACUGAGCUAAGCAUCAUGUCUAGUCGGUUCCCCAACUUUGCCGAGACUUCAUCCUAUCCGCACCACUCACAAUGACGGUGAGCACUAGUUCGAGGAAAACAACCCUAUGUAUGACAUUGAUGUAUAAGUGUUGUCCCGCCUAGUGGGGUGCACUUUAGUUUUGCUUAAAUUGUGAUUUGGAUGGUAACUUGGGCAUCACUACGUUGACUAUAACUCGAUAUCUUUUUGCACACACCUAUUCUCUUAGUCUUCCCAGCACUCAUUAAUUAAUAGAUCGUAAUUAGGCACCUCAUUAUAGCUUCAGCGAAACCUAUGGAUAUCAUCAUUCUGGGAGGUGGUAUAGCUGGCCUAACCACUGCUCUUUCUCUCACCAAGUUCGCCCCAGCCUCUCAGACACCCAACAUCACCAUCUACGAGAUCCGACCUGAACCCGCAACCAUCGGUGGCGCUGUAAACCUGACACCAAAUGCUCUCCGUCUUCUUUCACACCUGGGAGCACUGGACGAAAUCCGUGCCCAGGACUAUGGCGCAGAGUGUCUUGCCGUAGAAGUCUUCGACCUAUAUACCAACGUGAAGAUUGCCGAAUCAUCUUUCAAAGGCCCCGAAGGGAAAGGCCUGGGAGACCCACCCUUUACAGCACUGAGAAUAACAAGAGGCGAAGCCUUAAAAGGCGUGCUUGCCGCCAUUGAAAAGCACUCAAACAUCCAGCUCAUCUGCGGGAAAAAGACCACCAAGAUCGACGAAGACUCCACCGGCAUAAGCAUCGAAUUCGAAGAUGGAGGAAGCGCACGAGCCGAUAUUCUAAUCGGCUGCGACGGUAUCCACAGCGUCACACGCCUCAAGCACGUCGAGCCGGAGCGCAAAGCCAUGUACAGUGGCAUCUGCAACGCCUUUGGCUUUGCUCCCCGCCGCAAAGACCCCAGCACCGGCAAUUUCGAGCCCACGCAUUUCAGCAUCAGCGGCAUGAACUUUGGGCGUCGCGGCAUGCUCCUAACCUCAUUCCACGACCGCACCCAAGAAAGCAUCUACGUCGGCGCUCUCAUGCAAGUUCCUGAGAUUGCAGACCGCAACGGCUGGAAAGCUGCGGGUGCCGAUGCUCAGAAAACACGGGAUGAGAUGCUUGAACGCUACUCGGGGGCUGCGAAUCCGCAGAUUGCGCAUUGGAUUGAGGAUGCGGAGGGGUUAUAUCUUUGGCCUGUGUUUACACUUUCCAAGGGAGGGAGAUGGGCGACGGAUCGUGUUAUGCUUAUUGGCGACUCUGCACAUGCGAUGCCGCCGCAGGGAGAAGCGACGGGAAUUGUUUUUGAGGAUGGUGUGUUGCUCUCGAGGUGUUUGGCUAAGUGGAUGCAGACAAGACGGGAGGAGGGUGCGCCGGUUAAGGAAGCGUUUGAUGCGUAUGAGAGGCUGAGGCGUGCGAGGAUCGAUACGGCGUUUGAUGAGAGUCAGAGUGUGGUCAAGACAGUGCAGGAUACGCCGUGGUUGGGGCACAAGAUUAAGAUGAAUGUUGUGCCGUGGUAUCUUUGGUGGACGAGGGGGUAUCGCGAGAAGCAUUUCGUGGAGGAUGUUACGGCUUGUGAUAUUGGGUAUUGAGGGGUGAGGAGAAGGGAAGUCGUCGUUUGUAUUUAUGUUUUGAAUAAGUGAAAUGAUUCGUAUUUGUUGAGGCGGUUGAAUAAUGAUUUUCUUCCUCUAAUAAUACGUUGGCACGACGUAUAUAUUCAGAGUGUUACCCCGUCCC